AUGAGUUCUUUAAACUUAAUAUUAUAAUUCUUUAUGAUUUAGGAAUCUUAAAAUAUUAAUAUUGCUGAUCUAUGUUAAUAUUUAGAAAUAACUCUUUUUAUUACUCCUCAAAAUCUCAUUCUAUAAUAAAUGUCAAAAUACAUGAAAUUGUAACCUAUUUCAAAUAUUAAAUAAAUUCAAAUAUUUUUUGAUAAUAAUUAGUAUAGAUUUUAUACAACGAAAUAGUUUAACAAAUGUAAAAAUAAGUUAGAUACAAACAUAAUUCAUAUAAUAUAGAAUCUAGAAUCCUUUGGAAGAUUCUAUCUAUAUUUCAUUUUGACUGUCUCUUGA